CAUGAUGGAAAUAAGUGACAGUAUUUUGCAGUCCUUAUUUGCAGUGUUAGCUGAGUGAACAUGUUUUUGGAAAAAUCGAACAAUAUUAAAAUGCUUGGUCUUCGUUGAAAUGACUAGAGCAAGUAGUGUGCAUUUCAUUGAAUGUUUAUUUUGUAAUAGAAAACCAUUUAACUGCUGGCACGCUUUUUGAAAGGUCUUAUUAAAAAUUUAGUUACCACCCAAAAAAUUGUUAUCACAGCCUCCAAGAUUUUGGCAUGCUCGGCGUCCGAACCAAUUUGUAAGCCGCGUUGGCCUAUGAGUAGGAAUAUGAAGGAAACGCAACAAACGCCGCACUCAAUCCAAGUUCUGAACGGAAAGUAUCCCGAUUUGGGAGUGGAGAUUCUAGAACAAGUGUUCAAAAACAACAACUGCAGAAUCGAUUUGACGGAAGAGUUCCUGCAGAGGGAGCUAGGAGCGGUGCCUAGACAAUGUGUGACGUCAUCUGUACAUAAUAGAGCUAGUCAAGGGAAUUGGGAUGAAGAUGACAGUUUGAGUAAUGUCGGAUUUGGAGUUGUAGCAAAUGGGCCUAGCCAAAUCAACGGCCAAAGCAGACAACAAUCUUCGGCUAUGAUCUCUAGCAAUGUCCUCAACGAAAGUAUAGAAGAUGGUGAAAUCAGAGACAAAAUAUCUUGGAAAAUGGUCGACUCCCCUGGUCCUUUACUGAGCUACUAUCCCAAAAACAUAUUGAGUAAGCAAUGCGAGCUGAUAGGCCCUCAAGUAAAGUUAAUCAUAAUUAUGCGGGGUCUCCCUGGGUCUGGAAAGAGCACACGAGCUCGAGAAAUUUUGAACACCGAGUUUCCGAAAUCUAACGGAGGAAUUUUCAGUGCAGACGACUAUUUUGUAGACCAAAGCAGCCAACAGUAUAUCUACAAAAAAGAUCUGAUUGGCAGAGCGCACUUAUGGAACAGAACUAGAGUAAUGCAAAAUGCAUAUAAAGGUCACUCGCCCCUGAUAAUCGACAAUACUAAUUUGACGAUUAGAGAAAUGAAGCCAUACUUGGCGAUUGCAAAGAGGUAUGGCUACCACGUGGAGAUAGAGGAGACCACGACUCCGUGGAGAAAUAAGCCUCACAUUUUAGCUAGCAAAACUAUUCACGGCGUUGACGAAGAAAGGAUAAUUUUCAUGCAAGCACGUUUCGAGAAGAUCUUCAAUUAUGACAGCAUGUAUGCGAGUAAUCGCAACCAACAGAAAACAAUUCCCUUUCUAGCUCAACCGAGUGCCUUUCCUACUGUUGGUGCUGCUGCCACCAAUGUGUCUACAUAUCAUUCAAGUAGUCCUCUCAAUAUUCCAAUCAUUCCUCCGGGAACCAGUAGUUUUCCAGCAAAGACGCCGAUUCGGGUAAACGAUGGGGCAAGUUCAUCUAAUGCGUUUCUGACGGGAAGUCAAAAAUCUAGCGCUGACCAAGCACUCGAAAGUGUUUUGUCAGCUGCUUUCGGAACGGCGAACAAUGUUCCAACAGGGACUAAGCCUAAAGCCCCAGUUGGUUUCAAAACCCCAUCAGCAUCGAAUACUGCCAAUCUGGACAACAGUUUGCCUUCGUGGGCACUUGGCGAAACAACUGAAUGCUCGCCGAUCGCCAAGAAAACUCCGAAAGUUCCGAAGCCGAAAGACAAAAGGGUGGAAGAUAAGAUGACGACACAACUUACUAACUUGACAGUUGCAGCUCCUGUGUUUCAACCGACAGCCUCGACUUAUGUCAAGAGAACAGAAAACACUUCAAAACGAGUUUCAUCUAAUCAAAAUGCAAUGAGUAGCUCAUUUGAUUCUGUGCUUUCUGAAGACGAAAAAACGCUACUGUCGAUUUUCCCGAAUCAGACUAUAGACAACGUUCGUAAUGUCUUGAUUGUUCACAAUGGAAGUGUGGACAUGGCUUUAGAAACACUUUGUGAUGUUAGCGAUCAAAUUGAAGACGAUGAGAAUCAACAGUUGGAUUCACAAGAAUGCAGAGCGUCGAGUUCUGGAGCAGCGCUUCCAAUGAAUGUCAGAAGAUCGAAAGUUCCGACCUUAAAGGAGAUCGCUUUGCGGAAAAUUGAUGAAUCUUUAGGCGCUGGCUCGCUUGGAAAUGAUUCUCUCGUGAUGUUGAAUUCUUCGAUAAGUGCUCGCGAUAGAUCGACGAUGAACUCAACCGGAAUAGUUAAAGAUGAACCGAAUGACGAAGAUCGGAAUCCGGUGAUUGACAUUCUUGACUCGGAUUCUGAAGGUUCGGAGGAUGGAGACGAGACGCAGAAUACAGUAAUUGAAAAUGUUUUGAGCUCCACAAUUCUGCAGUCUAGUGAUGGCAUUCGUCUCUCAGAAAGUACAAUAGUAGCUCCUAGUUCAGCUACAAAAGCGGACGAAGCUGUCAAGUUCAAGAUAAGUUUGGGAAGUGUGCCGGAAUUGAGAGCCACGCUUUUGAACAUGUUUGGUUCAUUUGAGAAUUGUGAACGGAAACCGAGUAUUGAGUUGAAUAGAAUGCAGCUGAAAUUUAUUUACAAUGCGUGGAGAAAGUCAGCGUCGGAGGGCGAAGACGAGCCAAUGGACACUACAAGUUCUUCGGUUGUCAGUGUUCAUAAUGACUCAUCUGUGGUUGAGGUCGUCGAAUUCUUGUCACCGUCUCUCACUCCAGAAAAGAGAAAGACAUCAGCUGGAAUGAAUGCUCAGAAUGGGCUGCUGCAGGAGCAAACUUUGAUUGACAUUUCAUCAGCGGCAUUGGACAGUCCUUCGAGCUCUACUGCUUCUCCGAAGUCGAAGAAAGUGAAACGAAAAGCGCCAAAGACGAAUUUACUGAACGCAUUCAACGCCGAAAACAAUGAAAAAUCUGGCGCAACUUCAGUCAGUCUCUACGAUAUUAUGGACGAAGAAAAACGAGCUGAAAGAUCUGAAACGGCACAAGCAGAAGCAGUUCAGUUGGCGGCGUCUAUUGAUGCUCGGAGCAAGGUCGGGGAUCGAACCGCAGACAGGGUGAAAAUGGACCAACUUGCUAAAUUAUUCCCGCAUGUGCCUCAAAAAGCGCUCUCAAUUGCGAUGAAUGAUUUCAACUACAAUAUGAAAAAUGCAGUUGAGAUUUUGGCUAUGCAGUUUGGCGAUCCGCCCGAAGCUCUUCUACAUUCGACCAAAAAGGCGAGUUAUUGGCAGGACGAACAACCAGUUGCAGCUUCGUCUGCAGUCAAUUCCAACUCGGGAGCACGACCAAAGGAAACGCACACGCAGCUGAAACCAGCGGUGAAUUUCCCGGAUCUACCAAAUCCUGACCGAAGCUUUCAAACUCUUUCUCAUCCAGAUUACCGAGACCUGCGAGCAGAAGCGAAUAUGUACAGAAACCUCCGACAACAGGAACUGGACAAAGCUAGUGCGGCUUCCGGGCCAGACAAAGCUAUGAAAAAAGAGCAUUAUGCGAGAAAAGCGUACGAAUACGGAGAGCUGAUGAAAGAAGCUCACGAGAGAGCGGCUUUACUAACUAUUGAACAGGCGAAUAAAGAACGAGCGCCCAAUGUACUUGAUUUGCAUAAACUUCACGUCGACGAAGCAAAAGUUGCUGUGAAAAAUUAUUUGCUGGAACUUUCGGAUCCGCGAAAUUUGAAUAGAUAUUCCACCCUUCGCAUUAUCACUGGUUGGGGUAAAAAUAGUAAAGGACUAUCGAAAAUCAAACCCGAAAUUUUGAAAUACUUGCGAACCGAGAGGUAUAAAUUUGUAAUGGAAAAUCAGGGUUCGAUUAUCGUAUAUUUGAGUUGAUUAAUAUGCCAUAUAAUAGGGAAGGUCAUACAAUCUCCUUUGUCUCUCAAAAUGUUAAAAUUCUACUUAAAUCGAUUGUAUGAGUGACCCAAGUAAUAUUGCACAUUGCCCUUAGACAUUAGAAUAUCAAUGUGUUUUUUAUACGCCGGAGUUCCAAUCUGAUUGAUUCGUUUUUUUAAUUCUUGAACAUGUUUCGAUUUGUUACUUUUCGAAUUCUAUUUUUUAUUUGAUGUGUUAUAUUUAAUGAAAUAAAUUUUUAAAUCUGG